AUGUCUGGGCUGUACGUGAUGGUGUCGAUGAGGUUGAAUUUGAGCAUGGGCGUGACUUGUAUGGUAAACUCCACGGCCUUCGAAAAGCCGAGGAUAUCCCAAAACACCUCAUUUUUACAAGACAGUAGACAAUGCCUGUAUGCGUAUGAUGAGUCGACACCGACUGAAAGUGGUUAUGGGGGCACCCUUCUCUGGAGCCCAUCCAUGCAAGGACUCCUCUUUUCCGCAACAUUCUAUGGAAGCUUGGUGACGAUCGCGAUUUCUGGCUAUUUUGCUGAUCGUUUUGGGCCCAAGGCAAUUCUUUUUGUCGCCGCAUUGGACUACACGCUAAUGACGCUGCUUGGACCUGUUUUGGCUGAAAAUAGCUACUGGGCCUAUUUUGGGUCUAGGUUGAUUAUUGGAGUGGGAGAGGGCUUUGUCUUCCCAUGUAUCAACUGCAUGGUCGCGAGGUGGUUCCCUCAAAGCGAAAAAUCUACCGUAGGAGCGAUUUAUACAAGCGGGACGCAGAUCGCAGCUGGUUUCACGGCUCUAAUUGUUGCAGGCCUUUGUUCGUCACCAUGGGGCUGGCCUUCAAUUUAUUACAUUUUUGGUGCUCUUGGACUCGUCUGGGCCACUGUAUUCUGGAUAUUUUCUUCAAAUUCUCCCACGGAGAAUCGGUGGCUUUCUCAAGAGGAAGCCGCUUAUAUAGAAGAAAACUUGUCUUCGAAAGCACAGGCAGACAUUUUUAAAGAAAACAGCAUCCCCUGGCGAGAGCUGUUCUUUGGGAAAGCCUGCCUCGCCAACUACACCAGUCAAUUUGCGUUCAACUUUGCCGCGUCGUUAAUGCAAGCUUUUUUACCUACAUAUUUUAAAGAAGUGCUCCAUAUUCCGAUCCACAUGAACGGUAUUUUCACGAUGGUCCCAUUCGCCUCACAAAUCACUUCGAAGCUCAUUCUCGGGAUGGUUUCGGAUUAUAUGAAGCGGAACAAAAUCUUGGACCCGGAUGUGUCGGGGAAGAUCUUUCAGGGUGUUAGUGCUUUUGGCUCCGGAAUGGCGUUGUUUGCACUUGGAUAUAUACCUUCAUGUGCGAGUCCAUUUAUUGCGCUUCCGAUCUUGUUGGCAUACGGCAUCUUCUUCUCGUUUGCCAUCUGUGGCUUCUUCACCUCUCUGAUCUCGAUCGCACCCCCGUAUUCUGGGACGAUGACCUCGAUCUCGAUGACCUACGCUACAGUAGCCAACGUAUCCGGGCCAAUGCUUCUAUCUUUUAUAGAAUUUAUGGGCUGGCCUCAUAAGUGGAUGAUAAUCUUCACUUGCGCUAGCUCGAUGUGCAUGCUUUCCGGGGUUCAUUACAUCUAUGCUGGGGAGGCCAAAGUCCAAGAAUGGGCGCGGAUGAAGGUGAGCGCCAGUGAGAAGAGUCUGCCGGAAACGAAGACUUUUGCC